AUGGAGGCCCAACUGAGAUCCAUGCUGGAAGCCGCCGUCCAGGACAAGAAGGUCCCAGGGGUCGGAUGCUUCAUCAUCGAUUCCAAGGGCAACUUCCUGCUCAAAGAGACAUUGGGAACCACUCAUCUCCAGGACCCGGAUGCCGCUCCAUUCGAUGCGGACACCACAAUGACCAUCUUUUCAUGCACCAAGCUUAUUACCGUGAUUGCUGCCCUGCAACUGGUCGAACAAGGCAAAAUCUCGCUCUCGGACCCGGCGGAGAAAUACCUUCCUCGGAUAUCGAAGCUUCAGGUGCUCGAGUCCGUCAAGACAGAUGCAGAUGGCAGACCCGAGCCCGUUUUGCGGUCACCAGCGUCAAAACCUACGAUUCUGCAUCUUUUGACCCACACCUCUGGGCUUUCGUACGACUUCUUUGAUCACGGCACACUUGCAUACCGUGUGGCCACGGGUCGCACUCCCAUGCAAUAUCACGGGAUUAGCGACUGGGAAGAUUACGAAACCCCGCUGCUGGCCGACCCGGGCACCAAAUAUGUCUAUGGCAUCAGCAUCGACUGGCUUGGUUUCGUGGUCCAGGAAGUCUCCGGCCAAGCCCUGCCCGAUUAUAUCGUCGAACACAUCUGCAAGCCCCUAGGCAUGAACGACACGGGCGGCAAGCUUCCCCCGGGGAAGAAGAACACUUUCCUAGUCCACAUGGAUGCGUCCGACGGAGCAGGGCUUGUAGGAGUUCCGGACGCAAAGCAUAACGAAUCUCCCGUGGUCUGGGGAGGUGGAGGGUUCCUCUACUCGACAAUGAACGACUACGCGAAAUUAUUGGCGGCGUUGCUCAACAACGGCACAUCACCCACCACGGGCAAUUCGAUCCUGAAACCCGAGACCGUCCAAAACCUUCUUUUCCAGGACCUGCUCGGUCCAGAAGUAGACAGGUCUGGUGUUGGUGAAGUUACUGCAAGCGUCCCACAAGCGUCGCUUGAGGGCUCCUUCUUACCCUCCUUACCGACCGAGAAACGGGGCUGGUCCGCUGGGUUGCUCAUCAACCACGAAGACUUACCUUUUGGUCGAAAGUCCGGGUCGGGCGCAUGGGCUGGCCUCGGGAAUCUGUACUACUGGGUUGAUCCCACGACUGGCAUUGCAGGGAUGAUAUGCACGAAUAUUCUACCUUUUCUGAACCCAACGGUCAUGAGACUGUUUGAUGAGCUGGAGAGGGUCGCCUAUGGACACGGUGUCAGCAGCGAGGAAGUGGAUCCGGAGAAGAGGAAUUACAAGCCCAAGGUGUGA